AUCCACAGAGGGACUUCUCAUCGCAUCGAGACAGGAGAUCUGUUGCCAUGACAGUCGACACGAAGGCUCCUCUGAUGCCGUCCAUCCAGCGAAUGGUCAGUAAAGAUGGGCGGUUCCUCUACCAAGUCCCCGCCCCCACCAGCCAAACAAGGGCGUGGCUUAAAGUGCGGCGAGACCUCAUGGGGGUGUGGCUUAAUCUCCGCUGGAGAUGGGUCAUCCUCAUCUUCUGCUGUGCGUUCCUGCUGCAGUGGCUGGUAUUCGCUACUCUGUGGUAUGUGUUGGUGUGGAACAGCGGUGGUCUGGACAGAGCAGAAGCUUUUGACCCUCUGACAGGAGACCUCGGGGACAUGCCCUGUGUCCUGAACCUCAACAGCUUCAGUGGGGCCUUCUCGUUUGCCGUGGAGACGCAUCUGACCAUUGGCUACGGAACUGUGUACCCCAACCCCAACUGCCAACACACCGUCCUGCUGCUCACCGUGCAAAUGCUGGUAGCUCUGGUGACUGACGCUAUCACCAUAGGUGCGUUGGUGGCCAAGUUCAGCCGUCCAGGCAAGCGGUGCGAGGAGCUGGUGUUCAGUCGCCAGGCGUGUGUGUGUGAGCUGGACGGCGAGGUGUGUGUGGUGUUCCGUGUGUGUAACACCACGGGCCUCCCGCUGCAGAACGUGUGUGUGAGCGCCGUGCUGCUGGAACGAGACCAACACACACACAGCGUGCGGCAGACCGAGCUGGACUUCCGGGUGCCGGGCAUGGGGUCGCGACCUUGCCCCCUCUUCCUGUCACCUCUGACCUUUGGCCACCCCCUGACCCCCAGCAGUCGCCUGGGACAAGCGCUGACCUCCAGCAGCCAAUCACAGUUCGAGCUGGUGGUGUUCCUGUCCGCCUCCCAGGAGACAGGCUCCACCCACCAGCGGCGCACGUCCUACCUGCCCACGGAGAUCCUGCACGGCCGCCGCUUCGCCACGGAGACCGCUCACCGCUGCCAUGACAACCACUGCUUCCAAACACUGCCCUGGACACCAGAGCCCACACUGGCCACUGCAGCAGAGCCGGCUCAGGAACAGCACGAGGGUGUGGAAGAGAGUGUGUGUGAGAGCGGGAGUGUGUGUGAGCAGGGUGCGGGAGGCUGA